AUGGAUUUCCAAGAGGAUUUAACGGUUCUGGGGGAUACACUUGACAAGCUGGGUAAAGUGAAGCCAGUGUGUACCUUUUGUAAACGACGGAAAAUUAAAUGUGACCGUGGCAUUCCUUGCUCAUCUUGUAUAAGGUUUAACAACAAGGAAUGUGUGUAUGUGGACCCCAAUCCCAAAUCAAUCAAGAAGAAGGCGAGCAAGCCUUCAAAGAAGACAUUGGAACUGGAAAUAGAGAUUUUGAAAGAGAGAAUUGGUGAACUUCAGAAGAGUAUCGUUAAUGAUAGAGGGGACGUGGUUGGGGAAACAUCUCCAAAUGGUAAACCUCCUCUUGCUUCGUAUUCAUUGGACCACGCCACGGAAGCGAGGUACGAGAAUGAUUUUGACGAGUUAAUGCAAUUGGUGGAGGAGCAUAGCUGGAAUGAGUCAUUUAACUUACUUAAUCAGGGAAGUGUAGUGUUUGACCACGAGCCACUAGGUAGGAAAAAUUUUGGGUUUUUCUCCUGGAAGGCAUGCUAUGUGGUGGAUCCUGCCUUAAAGUAUAUGGGUGCAUAUGCCAAAAGAUUGCACCAGGAAGGUAAGGGGUUCUACGGAUCUAAUGAUUUGAGUGAGGCUAACACAAGAAGGAUCAAUGGUUUUUUCCUGUACAACGUGGAACCUUUAGUUCACAAGAACGAGACUUGUGUGCUUCCCAACUGUCAUCUUUGCAGUGGUUCCAAUUCUAUGGAAGUGGAAGAGCCUCCUCAAAAAGUGAACCGCUCUAGCUCGAUAUUAAAUCCCAUUAAUGUUCUUAAUAAUAAAGCUGAAACCAAGUUUUCUGAACUUUUUGAACUACAGAGAAAAAUCGAGUUGUUCUUGCCAUCAAAGAGAAUCAUUCUAACCUUUCUCAACAGGUUUUUCAAAACCUUGUAUACUUUCAUGCCAGUUAUCGAUGAGUCUGACUUCAAGUCUCAGGUCUGUAGACUCCUUGAAGGAACAGAACUUGAUGAGCGGCCUGUGAGCUUAAGGAUAAAGACCAAGUUGGAUUUUGCGUACUUGGGUAUACUACUUUUACUUCUAAGGUUGUCGUAUUUGGCUUUGUUGCCAAUGAAUCAAUGGACCAAAAGUGCAAUAAAAGACCACUAUAUGGAAGAAGAAAUUGAGGAAGUUAGAAUGUUAUUAAAUCAUAAUAUUGGCCUCGAUGCUGCGAGGUUGUCUCAAGACUGUGUGGGUGUUUUUAAUUUGUGUGGAGUCAUUAACCUCACCAUUUUCCAGUUGGUAUUGGUCACUAGAACGUAUAGCAUCUUUGCGCCUGAAAAGGGAGAUGGUCCAGAGCAAGGUGAAGCUCAAAUACUUAAUACUACGUUAUUCCAAAUGGCUUACGGUUUGGGUAUUCACCGUGAACCAAAUAACACCACUGUUUUCCAAGAUGAAAAAUCGAAGAACUUGAUUAGAAAAAUGUGGUCAAUGCUAUUGAUGUUGGAUCUUAACCAUUCAUUGGAAUAUGGCGACCCUUUAAAUGUGAGCCGGUUUUCUUAUGACACGCUUUAUCCAACUUUCCGAAAAGAGAACUCAAACUUGAUUGAUUUGAAUAGAGAGAAAUUCGUGGUUGAAUGUUAUCAGUUUAUGGAAAUCUGCUAUAAGCCUUUGAUUGGGUUCAUUAGUGAAUUACUUGAUGUCAACGCUACUUAUAAUGUGACCACACUCUGCAAAAAGCUUCGGUAUUUGAGAGCCACUUUAUUUAAUCCACAAGAUGGACUCAUAACUUCUUGGGUUCGUAAGUUUGAUGCUUCACAGGAGACAAAUACUAUGCUCAACUUGACCAAGUAUAAGAUUCAAUUGCAAUUUUCCCAUUUCAUUUGUACCUUAUAUUUCCACUUGUAUAACUAUUUCGAAAAGAAGAAGCUAUUUGAAGUGGCAUUCUAUUACCUUUUCAACUUGAUGAACAAAGUUUUGUUGGUGUUGUUUCCUUUCUAUUUUGAAUUGGUCAACCUAAAGAGUGUUGAACCUACUAUUGAUUUUGUGUUGGUACCUGGUAUACAAUCACUUUUACAUAAGGCAACAUUAUUUUUGUUGUCCUUAAUGGUGAGAAUCAAGAUCAAUAUUAUCGCUAGUAUGGAUGCCCCAAACCAUAUGUUAUUAUUCCGGUCCGAUAUGCAAUACAGAAGAAAUUUUGAUAGUUUAUGCAGCUUGUUUCAUAAAUUACUUGAAAUAAGUAGCUGUUUGACGAGCAUUGCAGAUGCAUACAGCAAAAAAUACUAUUACUCCUGGAUGAUUUCACGAGUGAAUAAAUUCUUCUUGAGCCUCAUCAAGUCUCCAGAUUUCAGAGAAAUUGUUUACAAUGGAUCUGCUUCAUUCCCAAUCUUUGCCGAUUUUGAGAAGGUUGAUAAGUUACAAGAAUUGUUGAACUUAUGUCUUGAAACAAAAGCAAAGUUAUCCAGUCUGAACCCAAAUAUCGACAAGUCUUACACCAGAAACGACGCAGACCUCUUUGAUUCUUCUUUGGUCAACCCAUACAAAGAGACAGAUAUAUCACCUUUUAAUGAUACUAAUUAUUCAAGUACUGUAUCCUCUAACUUUGAAAAGGAAUCGAUGGAUAGAACCACUAAUGAUGGAAGAAACACAAUGAGUUCUGAUAUGGGUGAUAAUGGAAUUCCUCUGGAAGAAGUCGAUAACAUCUGGUUGCAGUUACUUGGAGUCCGUGAUGGUUCUGUCAAUGAAGCCGAAGACUUUUUGGGUCAUGAUAUUCCUCAAACCAGCUUUUCAUAUCCAGAGGCUACAAGAGUUCCACCUGAAAUGAGUAAGCAAAUGGGAAAUAUGAACAUUCAAAGCCCAAAUUUCAACUUUGAACAAUCCCCAUUUCUUGGAGCCAAUGGGGAGCUAACUCAAAAAUCGGUUGUUGAUGCGUUCUUAAUCGACGAGCUAUUUGGAGAUUUCUCUUGA